UGUCUUUUUCAUUCCGUACAAUGUUUCCGGUGUGAAUUCGAAAUAAUAUUAGCAUUUUUUAUUUCCGUACCGCUAAAUGUUUUAUUAUUGUUUGCACAGAUUUGUAGACAAAAAGGAACAAAAAGAUGGCGUUAAGCCCAGAUGACCGAAUUCUUGGAGAGAAGGUAGACAAUUAUUGUAGUAGUGACGAGGGUGAACGAGAGGAUGAGGAAGAGGAGAUUGUAAAACCUGAACCGAAAACCUCCAGUGUUCCAGAACCGCGAUUAAAAGAUUACAGUGGAUUUUCCACAAAUACUGGACCAAAGGGUGUGAUUAAUGACUGGCGGGAAUACAAGAGACUGGAAAACGAGAGACGAGAGGAGAAAGAACGAGAGAAACAGGCAUUGGCUAAAAAACUACAGCUGACGUGUAGAUCUCAUUUAGAUGAUGAAAGAGAGAAAGAAAAUGAUGAAAAAUUCCUGGAGGAAUUAGAAAGUUUCGAGGAUGAAUUUUUAAAAGAAUAUCGCCAGAAAAGGAUAGAGGAAAUGAGAUUAGCAUUGCAAAAUAUACCAAAAUUUGGCAAAUUGAUAGAAAUUUCUUCCUCCAAUUUUGUGAAUGAAAUCGAUAAAGAACAACCACAAGUCAUCAUCAUAAUUCAUCUAUAUGAAGAUGAUGUUGAAGCAUGUGAAGCUAUGAAUGGUUGUUUAAACUGUCUUGCUCAGGAAUACCCUACAGUCAAAUUCUGUAAAAUCAGAGCCUCGGAUGCAACUCUAAGUCUAAAUUUUUCCAAGAGUGGUGUGCCUGCCUUAUUGAUUUACAAAGGGGGAGAACUCAUAGGAAACUUUGUCAGGUUGUCAGAUGAACUUGGGGAGGACUUCUAUGCGACUGAUCUCGAGAGCUUCUUACAUGAACACAGUUUUUUACCCAAUCCCGAUAUAAACAACAAGAUUAUUUACGACCGAAUCACGGGGGAGAAAAGAGUCCCAACUGCUGAGGAUGAAGAUAGUGGCAGUGACUUUGACGUGGAUUAACGGGAUUACGCAUUAUUAAUGCAUGAAUGCUCUGUGUUCUUAUUUUUUCAUAAUUUUUAUUUUAUUAGCCUUCAAAAAAAAGUUUAUAUGAAGUACAGGUAUCUCAUUUCUCACUUUGAUGACUUUACUUCUGAAUAUAUAUCAUUCCUUGAUUGAGUUUGCAUUUACUGGUGAAAUUCUACAUAACUAAGUGAACUUUUACAUGUAUAUGUAGGUGAUGAGCAAAAUUCUUUCAAAAUUACUUCAAAGAUAUUGCACUUUGAACAUAUUUUAUCUCUGUAAGAACUUUUAGAACAUAUUUUACAUUUGUGUAAAAACUUUUUGCAAAAUGGCAUCCUUUUUGGCUCAUUACAUAAUAACUUGCAAUUCGCAAUUUUGUAAAAUUCCCUCUCUGUAAAAAAAAAAAAAAAAUGGGGAAGGAGAAUAUAUAUCAGGUGUUUUUGCCCAUUUUAUGAUGUACAUAGCACCUGUUCUGAAUGAACAUUUCAACUGGACAAUUUUUCCCAUAUUGAAUUCACAAUCAUCGAUCAUUUACAUGUACGGUAUCACAAUAGGUGUAAGCUCCUGAAGGUUCCCUUGAACUUGUUUGUACAGUUUAGUCUUAAAAUUAAAUUCAAUAAAUUUUCGUAUAAUUAUUUAGAAUUAAAAAAGAGAUUUUGUUCAUUUAUAAUGAUAAAUUCACUGAAGACAACCUAUUUAUAUACAUUUAUCCCUUUUCUUUGUAAUGACACAGUGCAUUUUAGAGAUCUGUAUAAUUUUGUUGCGAAAUGUCAUAUGACUGUUAGUUCAGUGACAAGCUUAACAGUUUGGAUGCUGAAUCACUAACAUUUUGGACCAAAUUCUGAUGAAUUGUAAAUUAAGUCAGUUUGCCAAAUUUACCUUGCUUUGUUACAUGUACAUGUAUGAAAUCAUUUUAUAAUGUAAACUGCAAAUAUUCAGUAUGUAAACCCAUAUUUUGCAUGUGACUUACUUGUCAAGGGCAAUUAAUAUUGGUUGUCCAUUAUAUCAGCUGAUGAAAACUUUACUUGUUUAAGAGUCAUUUACACUUAAAAUGUUUACUGAAGAUGAAAUCUUGUGUUUGUAGAAUUUCCUUUGAAAAAACGUUUUAUAUUCAAAUUUGAUUUUGUUGCAUCUUAAAUAGCAAUGUUUGGUAAAAAAAAAAAUGUGCAAUAUUUUUCUU